ACCUCUCACCACGACCACCAUGGCCGUAUGUCAGGCUUCCAGUCUCUUCUCCCUCUCAGAUCAGUGCGUACGACAGUUCUGGACAGCGACUGUACCAGCGAUCCUCGCUGCCGCUUUCUGUAUUUUUGCUUUGCCAGUACCCACUCCGAUCAAGAGGAUUCUCUACAUUAUUCGAGUUCCCUUCACGAACUUUUUGCCACUAUCUGAAGCAGAGGCUCUUGACAUUGGCGAAGUACUAGUCUACGAUGAAAAAUCGCAUACGACGAUCCCAAGGACGCUCUUCAUCUCGACGCUUUCGCUGUUGGAAUCUCUCGUGUGGCUCGGAAUUGGCUCUUAUGUCUUUGCUCUUGAGCCCUCUGUGACGUGGAAUAAUGUUCCACCUUUCUUAUUAGCCCUUUCCUGGCUGUAUGCCUCCUUGCACAUUAUGCUGAAACCGACCUCUACCCCGCCGUUCGACUUAUUCACGCUCUACACGGCUCAUUUUAUCCUGGGCAUUCUGACGAUAGGUGGUAUUAUGUAUGAUUACUAUGUCUAAGGAUUCCCACUUCCCUCCACCUGGAUUCUUGUUGCUGAAGCAGCGAACAUUGUCACCAUCUCGCUUCUCUUGCUCGUGGUCCUCCAAAUGCCGCUCGCUAUCCCCAGUGACAGAAUCAACCCGGAAGAAAUUGGUCAAUCAAUCUCUCCGGAGGACUAUACGUCGCUUUGGGGAUGGAUCACAUUCGACUGGAUCCGGCCGCUCAUUCGACGGGUCAGUCCUGAAUCUUACUUGUCGCAUUUCUCACCUUUGUUUCUUAUCACUAAUAAUGUACAUGUUUCGUUGGCGAUGUUACCUCCACAGGGAACUAACGUUACCCUAAACGAAGGUGACGUUUGGAACCUAAGUCCGACGAUGCAAGCUCGUCCAGUCUACAUAAAAUUCAGCCAGACGAAACGAAACACGCUUUUGAAGCGACUUUGGGCCGCCAACUCACUCGACCUGAUCUUGGAUUUUGUGCUGACAUAUGUUAGCGUCGUCUUUAAUUACCUCGGGCCAUUCUUUCUGAAGCGUAUCCUCGAUUCGUUGGAUCCAAGCUUUAAGUCUGACCCUGCCAUCAGCUACCAAGCGUACAUAUUCGCAUUCUUAGCGUUCUUGUCUACGUUGUGCAAGGCGGAAGCAGACGUACAACAUCUAUGGUAUGGUCGACGAGCCUCCACACGUAUGCGCUCGGAGUUGAUGUCCGCGAUAUACGAUAAGGCACUGAAGCGCAGAGACUUCUCGGGGAUUGUCGAUAAAGACGCUGCGAAGAACGCCGGAUCUCCUGGCAAGCCGAAUACCGACCCUAAAGCUGACGAUCCGAAGGCAGGAGCUGACAUUGGCAAGAUUGUGAACUUGAUGGCGGGUGACGCAAACAGGAUAUGCCAAAUGAUUUCCGGGGUGUACUUUAUAUACGGAGCACCUUUCGAGAUCCUUAUCGCAAGUUUGUUCCUUUACCAGCUGCUAGGGUUAUCAGCAUUCGCCGGUUUCUUUGUUAUCAUAAUCAUCUGGCCGUUGAACAACUUCUUCGCAAGACGUUCCUUCAGGAUUCACAAAGGAUUAUCGACUGCCCGAGAUAAGCGCAUGGGUGUCCUCAACGAACUCAUAGGAGCGGUCAAGUUUAUCAAGUUCUUCGCUUGGGAAGACCGUUGGGUUGAACGUACAUUGGAUGCCCGAGAAGUCGAGAUGCAAUGGAUGAUUAAAGCUCGUAUCAACUCGAUCUGCCUUUCGUUUGUAUGGACAUCUGCUCCCAUUCUGGUCUCGCUGUCCUCCUUCUUUGUUUACGUUUGGCAAGGUAAUGAACUAGAUGUCGGAACAGCUUUCACUGCUAUCGCUUUGUUCGGCAUGAUUCGGGCACCCUUGAACGUCAUUCCAGCAUGGAUUGUUCAAAUCCUACAGACCGGAGUCGCUCUCAAUCGUAUAUCAACCUACCUCGAAGAAGAUGAAGUCGAUGAGCAGGUUUCAACCCUGAAGAGAGGUCGUGUUGAGCCGACAGACCAUGAACUUGGGUUCGGAAUCAUUAAUGGCACUUUCAAAUGGAAUGAAGUUGAAGAAAAGAAGGAAGAAAAGAAGGCCGAUACUAAACCGAAUGGCGUAAACGGCGGAGCUUACACCGCUAUCGAUACUCAGUCGAAUAUUGACGACGUUGCCGAUCAUCGAUUCGAGUUGAAGGAUAUCACUGUUAUGUUCCCUGAAGGCGAACUCGCGGUCAUUACUGGGCCCACGGCUAGUGGGAAGACUGCUCUAUUGAUGGCUCUACUCGGCGAACUCACCAAAUUAGAAGGUCGCCUUAUUAUGUCAAAGAACCCUUCGAAAAUCGACGAGAACGGGUUGAUGCACGCUAUUUCUUACGCUGCACAGUCCCCAUGGUUGCGGCAUCAGUCUAUCAAAGAUAACGUUCUGUUUGGAUACCCAUACGAUGAAGAGAGGUACAAGAGUGUAAUCGAAUGUUGCGCUUUGUUGCCGGAUCUUGACAUAUUGGAAGAUGGUGAUGCAACGGAGAUUGGUGCACGAGGCGUCAGUUUGUCUGGCGGACAAAAGGCUAGAGUUGCAUUGGCGCGGGCUGUCUAUGCUCCAACGAAAUAUGUCCUUCUCGACGAUCCUUUGAGUGCCGUUGAUAGUCACACUGCGCGGUUCUUGUAUGAACGGCUCCUCCGUGGACCGCUUUUGAAAGAUCGCACAGUGGUUUUGGUUACCCAUCAUGUUGAACUAGUACUUCCUGGAACCGACUACUUAGUUCGGAUGCUAGAUGGUCGUAUCGAUACCCAAGGAUAUGUGAAAGAGCUUCGUGCAAAGGGGAUUCUCGAUGAAAUUGCUCAAGACGAGUCGAUCGCAGCGCACAAGGAAGAACAGGAGGCAGAAGCAACUGAAGAAGUCGCCACACCUGUCGAUGUCGAGGAAGAGGUUCAACCCGUGAGUACGAAGAAAGCGCGGAAGUUGAUCGAAGACGAAAAACGAGAGACCGGCAGCGUAAAAUGGUCCAUUUAUAAGACGUAUCUGAAGGCAUCGUCGUACUGGACGUGGGUGAUACUCUUUGUGCUUAUCGUUCUCAACCAGUUAUUGGCUGUUUCAGAGAAGUUCUGGAUCAAGUACUGGGGUCAAGCGUACGGUCGUCCCGAUUCUUCUCCCUCGACACAAUUCUAUCCGAUGAGGUCAUUUAUAACUCCGGAGCAUGAAAUUCCACUCGAUACAACGUUCUCGUCUUUGCAUGUCCAUCAUGCUCAAUAUCACACUGCGCCUUGGGUCAGCACUUUUGAGUGGAAGUGGCCUCGAGCUCAAGAGCAUCCAUUCUUUUAUAUCGGUGUAUAUGCGGCCAUUUCCCUCGGAGCGGCAUUGGUGAAUAUCGUAGGUGCAGCGACCCAGUACACAGGAGCGCUAAGAGCUUCUCGAGUUCUCUUCCGUCGCCUUCUUGUAACCGUAGUUCGCGCUACGAUGCGUUGGCACGAUGUAACUCCCCAAGGACGUAUGCUUAACCGGUUCAGCAAGGAUGUGGAAACCGUGGAUACUUCUCUGGCAGGGACCUUGCAGGCGGUCAAUCAAUCACUUGCAGUAUUCGCAGCUUCAGCUUUGACUGUCAUGUUUGUCUUCCCUCUGUUUACUUUCCCAGCGAUCCUCAUCGGAUGGGUCUACCGUCAACUAGCCAUUGGAUACCUCAACACUGGUCGUGACCUUCGUCGAAUGGAGUCCAACAGCCGCAGUCCUAUAUUUGCAAACUUUGGCGAGGUGUUGGAGGGUAUCGUGACUGUUCGCGCGUUUUCUGCUGAACAACGGUUCCUCGACGACUUGUAUCGCAAGGUAGACCUGACAACGAAGAUGUGGUACUCGUUCUGGAUGACGAAUCGCUGGCUUUUGCUCAACUUUGAUGCUCUUGGUGCUCUCACUGUCCUUGUCACCACAUUAUUUGCAUUAUCAGGAUAUGUUGAUGCCGGUCUUGCUGGUGUUUGCAUGACCUCUGCAAUGGCAUUUACAAACAGUGUAUACUGGGCAUGCCGGUUCUGGACCGCCCUCGAGCUGGAUCUCAACUCCGUUGAACGUGUCGUAGAGUAUCUCGAUCUACCUCAAGAACCCCCAACCAUAAUCGAGUCUCAUCGUCCCCCGGCAUACUGGCCGUCAUCCACUGGGCCAAACAAAGAUUCGAUGAUUGUUGUCGAUGAUCUAGUAAUCAAAUACGCACCUGAGCUUCCCCCGGUCUUGCACGGAGUAUCCUUCAGCGUCAAGGCUGGCCAGCGUGUGGGUCUUCUAGGUCGGACUGGAAGUGGUAAAUCGACAUUGGCCAUGAGCAUUCUGCGUUUCGUUGAUCCAGCCCAGGGGAAGAUUCUCAUUGACGGAAUAGACAUCACCACUAUUGGUCUGCAUGACUUGAGAUCUCGCAUUACAUUCAUUCCCCAGGACGCUACACUUUUCUCUGGAACGCUCCGCGAGAAUCUCGAUCCUUUUGGCGAACAUGAUGAUAGCGAAUGUCUCGACGCCCUCUAUCGGGUGCAAAUGCUAACCGAGCACCAGCUUGCCUCUCAGCGAACUUCACGAGAACCAUCGCGUGCCCCUUCCGUCCCUACCUCGCGUGCAGCUUCUAUACGAGGUGUCGAGCGCGAGGAUACGGCGGACUCGUCCACCUCCACGCCCGUCUCCCUCAGUGCAACUGAAGUGGACUCGAAGACGACGAUAACGCUCGAUACGCAAAUCUCACCUGGAGGGACGAACUUUUCUCAAGGACAACGUCAGUUGAUCGCUAUGGCUCGGGCGUUGUUGAGAAGAAGCUCGAUUAUUGUGUUGGAUGAGGCGACGAGCAGUAUCGACUUUGCUACUGAUGCCAAGAUCCAAGCGACCAUUCGGGAAGAAUUCAAUAACUCACUCUUACUCACAGUGGCUCAUCGACUGCGAACGGUUAUCGACUAUGACCGUCUGCUUGUCCUUGACAAGGGCGAACUGGUGGAGUUUGAUACGCCUUGGAACCUCAUUCAGAAAGAGGGUGGGUUCUUCCGAAAUAUGUGUCUCAAGAGUGGCACAUUUGCGGAGUUGGAAGCUGCUGCUAAGGCAAAGGCAGAGAAUCUUACAUCGUAAUUGCUAGUAGAAUGGCUGUGUUACGCUCUGUAUGUAUGUUUUUGGACAGUGGAUGAAUAUUAUUCGUAUUACUGUACGGUGAA